CACCUUUUUCUCAACAAGGCCCAGACCACUAAAAACCCUCGCGAUGUCGUCGCCGGCUGUCGUCAUCGUUCCCACUGCUCGUUGCUCAGUGGCACUCUCGUUCCCUUGGCCUGGCUGGACACACCCCAACCGACGACGUUUGUUGUCGGCUCCCUGACCGCCUCGGAUGCUCUCACAACACGUGCCCCACGCCUGCAUUCAGCCAGAAGACUCACCAUGCUCAAAGUUAAAAAUAUCCCGGUUGGCCAUCGGCAAUAGCAUCUGUGUCCGCACCCCUGCUCGUUGCAUUCCACCCGUCACCUAAUCAAUGUCGAUCGUACGGUUCUCCAUGCCAACAGUCUGCCGUUUUGGACCUGUCAUGGCACCCAUCCCGGUCCUCCUUUCCAGCCGAAAUCAAGCGGUCAGAUGAUUCACGAAUGUCCAAUUGCGCCACUCUUCUCUAUAGGUCACAUCCACAUAGUGAUUGGUCU